UUUUUCUUCGUGACAGACCGGGGUGAUGUCGGGAAAGGACAUUUUCCUAUCGUUAAAGGACCGGGGUGAUGGAUGGAAAGGACAUUUUCCUGUAAUUAAAGGGGGUCAGUGCUCUAAAAUGAGUCUCUCUGGGGAGAGAGAGGAGGAGGGCGCUGCCUCUAAAAUGAGUCUCUCUGGGGAGAGAGAGGAGGGGGGCCCUGCCUCUAAAAUGCAUCUCUCUGGGGGACAUGACACCAAAGCUAAGAGACCAAUCCAGCAGGAGAGACCAGCCUCCCCUGUACCCAGCUGUGUGUCCAUGAAGAGUGACCAGUCUAUGAAUCAACCUCUAACCUUUAGAGAGGGAGACUUUUCUACUGAACAAAGACCAAUCCAGCAGGAGAGACCAGCCUCCCCUGUACCCAGCUGUGUGUCCAUGAAGAGUGACCAGUCUAUGGGUCAACCUCUAUACUUUAGAGAGGGAGACUUUUCUACUGAACAAAGAAACCAACAGGAGAGAUCAGAGUCAGAGAUUCUCAGUGGUCAGUCUUCCCAGAGUCAUCAAACAGACCUGGCCUCCAUAUUCAGUAUGCUUGAAGAGAAAAUUAUGACAUUUGUGAAGAACGAGCUGAAGAUAUUCAAGAGGAUUCUUAGUCCAGAACUCCCAGAAGGCUUUGAGAGACAGAAGCAGGAUAAGGAAGUGGAGGAUGCUGAAGAUGAGAAGCAGGAGAGCAGUGCCAGAGAGGGGGCUCUGAAGAUCACACUGCACAUCUUGAGGAAAAUGAACCAGAAGGAGCUUGCUGACACACUGGAGAAAUAUUCAGAUGAACUUGCUGUGAUUUGCCAACGUGAACUCAAAUCUAAUCUAAAGAAGAAGUUUCAAUGUGUAUUUGAGGGGAUCGCUCAACAAGGAAACCCAACACUUCUCAAUAAGAUCUACACAGAGCUCUACAUCACAGAGGGUGGAACAGGAGAGGUCAAUAAUGAACAUGAGCUGAGACAGAUUGAGACAACAACCAGGAAACAAGCAAGACCAGAGACUGCAAUCAAAUGUAACGACAUCUUCAAACCCUUGACUGGACAAGACAAACCUAUCAGAACUGUGCUGACAAAGGGAGUCGCUGGUAUUGGAAAAACAGUCUCUGUGCAGAAGUUCAUUCUAGACUGGGCUGAAGGAAAAGCAAAUCAGGAUGUCCAAUUUGUAUUUUCAUUCCCUUUUCGGGAGCUGAAUUUGAUGAAAGAGGACAAACACACUUUCAUUGAACUUCUCAAUCACUUCUCAAUGGAAACCAAACAAUCAGGAAUCUCCAACUACGACAAGUACAAAGUUCUGUUCAUCUUUGAUGGUCUGGAUGAGUGCCGACUGCCCCUAGACUUCCAGAACAACAAAAUCUGUUGUGACGUCACCAAGUCAACCUCAGUGGAUGUUCUGCUGACAAAUCUCAUCAAGGGAAAUCUGCUUCCCUCUGCUCUCCUCUGGAUAACUACCCGACCUGCAGCAGCCAAUCAGAUCCCUUCAGGUUGUGUUGACCAGGUGACAGAGGUACGAGGGUUCAAUGACCCACAGAAGGAGGAGUACUUCAGGAAGAGAUUCAGUGAUGAGGACCUGGCCAGCAGAAUCAUCUCACACAUAAAGACAUCAAGGAGCCUCCACAUCAUGUGCCACAUUCCAGUCUUCUGUUGGAUUUCUGCAACAGUCCUUGAAGACAUGCUGAAACAUAAGAGAGAAGAGAUGCCCAAGACUCUGACUGAGAUGUACAUACACCUUGUGGUGUUUCAUACCAAACAGAAGAAUGAAAAGUAUCUUGGGAAAGAAGAGACCGAUCCACACUGGAAUAAAGAGAGCAUUCUGUCACUGGGAAAACUGGCUUUUCAACAGCUUGUGAACGGCAAUCUGAUUUUCUAUGAAGAAGACCUGAAAGAGGCUGGCAUUGAUAUCAAUGAAGCCUCAGUGUACUCAGGAUUGUGCACACAGAUCUUUAAAGAGGAAUGUGGGCUGUACCAGAACAAGAUGUACUGCUUCGUGCAUCUGAGCAUUCAGGAGUUUCUGGCUGCUGUAUAUGUGUUCCUCUCAUUCAUCAACAACAAUGAAAAUCUAAUGGCCAAACCUCAAACAACGUCCAGCAACGAUUUUCUACUGAAGACAGAAGUUACUGUCUACAAGAGCGCUGUGGAUGAAGCCUUACAAAGUGAGACAGGAAACCUGGACCUUUUCCUCCGCUUCCUUCUAGGCCUCUCACUGGAGUCCAAUCAGAAGCACCUACGGGGUCUACUGACAAAGACAAGAAGCAGCUCACAGAGCCAUGAAGAAACAGUCAAGUACAUCAAGGAGAAGAUCAGGGAGAAUCCCUCUCCAGAGAGGUGCAUCAAUCUGUUCCACUGUCUGAAUGAACUGAAUGACCAUUCUCUAGUGGAGGAGAUCCAAAGAUACCUGAGAUCAGGAAGUGUCUCCAGUGAUGAACUCUCACCUGCACAGUGGUCAGCGCUGGUCUUUGUGUUGCUGACUUCAGAAAAGGAGCUGGAUGUGUUUGACCUGAAGAAAUACUCCAGAUCAGAGGAAGGUCUUCUGAGGCUGCUGCCAGUGGUCAAAGCCUCCAGAGUUUCUCUGCUGUGAGGCUGUCUAGUCACAGAGGAAGGCUGUGCUUCUCUGGCCUCAGCUCUGAAGUCAAACCCCUCACACCUGAGAGAGAUGGAUCUGAGUAACAAUGACCUGAAGGAUUCAGGAGUGAAGCUGCUCUCUGCUGGACUGGGGAAUCCCCACUGUAAACUGGAGACUCUGAGGCUGUCAGGCUGUCUAGUCACAGAGGAAGGCUGUGCUUCUCUGGUCUCAGCUCUGAGGUCAAACCCCUCACACCUGAGAGAGCUGGACCUGAGUAACAAUGAC